GCUCACUCAUGCUUCCUCAUUUUUGUUGCUGGAUCGGAGUGCUCUGUGAAGUGAGACCAGAGAAUAUGUCUGUGCUACAGUUGAAUGAUAUCAAAACCAUGGGAAACGCAGAAAGCCAAAAUGUAGAACAUCAGUUUUAUGGAGAGAAACAUGCCAGCUUGGGACGAAAACAUACAUCACGCUCUCUUCGCCUUUCAAAUAAAGCAUCUCGCCGUACCAGACACGCUUCCUCAGGAAAAAUUAUUCACCGGAACUCAGAAGUAAGCACACGAUCCAGCAGCACUCCUAGCAUCCCUCAGUCAUUGGCAGAGAAUGGCCUGGAGCCUUUUACCCAAGAAGGCAAUUUGGAGGAUUUCGGAAAUGCAAUCUGGGUAGACAGAAUGGAUAUGGGCUUAAGGCCAGUUUCUUACCACACAGAUUCUUCCGUCACUCCCAGCAUGGAUAGCAGCACCGUUCUCAUGGCCGCCUCAGUACAGAGUAUGCCAAAUUCAGAAGUAGGCAGACUUUAUGGAGAUGAGUCGACCUAUUUGGCUGAAGGGGGUAGUAGGCAACAUUUGUAUCCUACAAAUGGGACCACUUUCUUGGAGCCUGUUAGUUUCAAGAAAAAACGUUCAAAAUCUGCAGAUAUUUGGAGAGAAGACAGCUUGGAAUUUUCACUCUCUGAUCUCAGUCAAGAGCAUUUGACAAGCAACGAAGAAAUCUUAGGUUCUGCUGAAGAAAAGGAUGGUGAGGAGACUCAGGGUAGAGAGGCUGGUAACAGUCGACAGCCUUUGGUCACCUGCCAGCGUGCCAAUUCCAUGAGUGACUUGUAUUCUCCCAAAAACACAAGUGCUACAAUAAAUGGUGGUCCACGAAACACACUAGGAGGGUACUGUCGGAAUUUAGCAUCUCAUGUUCCAGAUACUGAGAAUCACAAACUAUCUCCAGCCACAAUGGACAAUAUUCCUUCUUAUAGUAACUAUAACACACUCCCCUGCCGGAAAUCUCAUUGCCUCUCUGAAGGUAUCACGAACCCUAAAAUGAGCCACAGCAACAGUAUGCAUGGAAGACGUGCAAAAACGACUCAGGAUGUUAACACAGGCGAAGGGAGUGAAUUCGCGGACAGUGGAAUUGAGGGUGCCACGACCGACACAGACCUCCUUUCUAGACGCUCCAAUGCCACAAACUCUAGCUACUCUCCAACAACCAGCCGAGCUUUUGCUGGCAGUGACAGUGGCAGCUCAUCGACUGGAGAUGGGGCCCGUCAGGGAGUCUAUGAGAACUUUCGGCGGGAGCUGGAGAUGAGCAGCACUAACGAUAACUUGGAUGAAGCUGGUUCUGCCCUCAGUGAUGAACAGAGCAGUGGGACCUUAAGCUCCCCAGGGCAGUCGGAUAUUCUUCUGACAGCAGGCCAAGGGACUGUACGGAAGGCUGGAGCUCUUGCCGUGAAAAACUUCCUUGUCCACAAAAAGAACAAGAAGGUGGAGUUAGCUGCGCGGAGGAAAUGGAAGCAGUACUGGGUUUCCCUGAAAGGAUGCACAUUAUUCUUCUAUGAAAGUGAUGGCAGAUCUGGAAUAGACCACAACAGCAUCCCAAAACAUGCAGUCUGGGUUGAAAACAGCAUAGUGCAAGCGGUGCCUGAGCAUCCUAAGAAAGACUACGUUUUCUGCCUCAGCAAUUCCCUUGGUGAUGCAUUUCUGUUUCAGACUUCUAGCCAAACAGAACUGGAGAACUGGAUUACAGCAGUUCAUUCUGCUUGUGCCACAGCAGUAGCAAGGCAGCACCACAAAGAAGAUACUGUCAAGCUGUUGAAAACAGAAAUUAAAAAGCUGGAGCAGAAGAUUGAUAUGGAUGAGAAGAUGAAGAAAAUGGGGGAAAUGCAUUUCCUCAGUUUGUCUUCUGUCAGAGACUCCAAGAAGAAGAAGACCAUUCUUGACCAAAUAUUUGUUUGGGAACAAAACCUGGAACAAUUUCAGAUGGAUCUGUUCCGGUAUCGUUGCUAUUUAGCUAGCCUCCAAGGAGGAGAACUGCCAAAUCCAAAAACAUUGCUGGCCUUUGCAAGCCGUCCAACUAAAGAUGCAAUGGGCCGCCUUGGAAUCUUUUCAGUGUCGUCUUUUCACGCACUGGUGGCUGCUCGCACAGGUGAAUCUGGUGUCAGGAGAAGAACACAGGCUAUGUCAAGAUCAGCAAGCAAGCGAAGAAGUCGGUUUUCUUCCCUUUGGGGUUUGGAUACAACUUCAAAGAAAAAGCAAGGGAGACCAAGUAUUAACCAGGUGUUCGGGGAAGGAGCUGAUGCUGUAAAGAAAUCUUUAGAAGGAAUAUUUGAUGACACAGUACAGGAAAGCAAGAGAGAAAAAGAAGUGGCACUGACUACUGUCCAUCCUCAUAAUCCUGAUUCUGACAUUUGGGUUCAUGAGUAUUUCACACCCUCAUGGUACUGCCUGCCAAACAACCAGUCUGCUUUGACUGUAGUACAUCCUGGGGAUACAACAAGGGAUGUUCUGGAAAUGAUCUGUAAGGCACAUCAGCUAGAUUACUCAACUCAUUAUCUACAGCUUAAAUUCCUGACCGGAAACCAAAUGCAAUCCUAUGUACCAAAGCUAGAAGAGGACAUUUAUGAGUUGCUGUAUAAAGAAAUUGAAAUCUGUGAGAAAAUUACACAACAAAUUAAGAUUGAAAAAUCUGACAUGUCUGAUAACUAUGGUUUUUCUCUGUCUUCUGUGGAAGAAGAGGGGAUUCGCCGGCUCCAUGUGAACAGUGUCAAAGAGACGGGUCUGGCUUUCAAAAAAGGCCUAAAAGUUGGUGAUGAAAUUGUUGAAAUUAAUAAGAAGGCUGCUGAAGACCUGAACUCAACUAUGCUAAGAGAUGUUCUUGUUCAGCCCUCUCUGUGCCUUAUAGUACGAACUUACCCUGAGAGAGGGGCAGGACAGAAACUAACACAGCUACCCCCGCGCCGUACAGAGACGUCUCUUGACUUGUCCAACAGUCCAUUGAGGUCUAUAAGCAGCAGCCAAGGACACUUGCUCUUUAGCAAUCAAGACUGUGCCGAGACAACUCCAGAAGAAGCAGAACUGUGCAUUUUGGAGUCCUCUGAUGAGGGUGAUAAAACAAGCAAGAGUACGGAACAGGUUGCUGCCUUUUGCCGCAGUCUUCAUGAGAUGAAUCCAUCAGACUCUAGUGUGACCCCUCAGGAAUUUGCUGGACCUCAACAGACCACAAGACAACUAACUGAUGCUGAUAAACUGCGCAAGGUUAUAUGUGAACUCCUUGAAACCGAACGCACAUAUGUCAAGGACUUAAAUUGUCUGAUGGAGAGGUAUUUGAAACCUCUACAGAAGGAAACGUUUCUCACUCAAGAAGAGCUUGAUGUUCUUUUUGGAAAUUUGACUGAAAUGGUGGCAUUUCAAGUAGAAUUUCUGAAAACCCUUGAAGAUGGCGUGAGAUUGAUUCCGGAUCUGGAAAAGCUUGAAAGAGUGGACCAGUUUAAAAAAGUGUUAUUUUCAUUGGGUGGCUCCUUCCUUUAUUAUGCUGACCGUUUCAAGCUCUACAGUGCCUUCUGCGCCAGCCACACAAAGGUUCCAAAAGUUCUUGUAAAAGCUAAGACGGACACAGCAUUUAAGGCUUUCUUGGAUGCCCAGAAUCCUAGACGACAGCACUCGUCAACAUUAGAGUCAUACCUCAUCAAACCCAUUCAGAGGAUAUUGAAGUAUCCUCUUCUACUGAAAGAACUCUUUGCCCUCACUGAUGCAGAGAGUGAGGAACACUAUCAUCUUGACGUGGCCAUAAAAACAAUGAAUAAAGUUGCUAGCCAUAUUAAUGAAAUGCAAAAAAUCCAUGAAGAAUAUGGUGCUGUGUUUGACCAGCUCAUUGCAGAACAAACAGGAGACAAAAAAGAGGUUGCAGACCUUUCUAUGGGAGACUUGCUGUUGCAUACUACAGUCAUCUGGCUUAAUCCUCCUGCAUCACUUGGGAAGUGGAAAAAGGAACCUGAAUUGGCAGCAUUUGUAUUCAAGACUGCUGUCGUUCUUGUGUACAAAGACGGCUCAAAACAGAAGAAAAAACUAGGUGGAUCACAUAGGGCUUCAAUAUAUGAAGACUCAGACCCAUUCCGUUUCCGUCACAUGAUUCCUCUAGAGGCUCUGCAGGUUCGAGCACUGGCAAGCGCAGAUGCAGAGACCAAUUCUGUUUGUGAAAUAGUUCAUGUGAAAUCAGAGUCAGAAGGCAGGCCAGAGAGAUCAUUUCAUCUUUGUUGCAGUUCCCCAGAACAUAGGAAGGAUUUUCUGAAGUCUGUGCAUUCAAUUUUACGUGACAAACACCGAAGACAGCUUCUUAAAACUGAAAGUCUGCCAUCAUCCCAGCAAUAUGUUCCUUUCGGAGGAAAAAGACUGAGUGCUUUAAAAGGUGCAAGGCCAGCUAUGAACAGAGCAGUAUCUGCCCCAAGCAAAUCGCUCGGGAGGCGACGGCGACGGCUGGCCCGAAAUAGAUUCACCAUUGAUUCAGAUGCCAUCUCUGCCAGCAGCCCCGAGAAAGAGCCCCAGCAGUCUUCCAACAGCAAGGACACCGAUCGCUGGGUGGAGGAGCAGUUUGACCUUGGCCAGUAUGAAGAACAAGAGGACAUAAAAGAAACGGACAUUCUCAGCGAUGAGGAGGACUGCGGGGAGCCUCUGAGGAGCACCGUGGCAGAAAAAGAGCUUCAGGAACAGUUGCAGGCCGCCUGCAUUACCAGCAACCAAGCUUUCCGAGGAGACAGGGGGCGGUACUCUGGGGGCACCCAUGCUUCCCGAAUGGCUCAGUUAAAGAAACAAGUCGCUCUGUCUGGAAUUAACGGAGGUAUAGAAGGGAACAGUGAAGAGGUCAUCUGGGUACGGCGUGAGGAUUUUGUGCCACCAAGAAAAUUGAACACUGAGCUGUAGACUCUUCACUUUUUGUUAGAUCAUAGGCCUAGCUGUGCCCCCACCCCCACCCCUUACACGUUGUGGAGAAUGACAUUUUAGAAUGCACACUUGCACAUAACAGUUAUGGCAGCUAAACUGAUUGAAACCAUACGGCCUCUCUCUUCUGCUUUUCCCCUUUUAAAGCAACAUUUAAGAAGCAGAGAAAAAGCAAAACAAAAUUCAGAACUGGAAUGAGCUUGAGUCCUUCUUUGUACAUUACCAAGGGCUUUAUUUAUUCUCAACUAAUCAGGGGCUGCAUAUUGAAAUGGGAUGCAUAGUUGUCACUAGAAAACACAUUGCUGUGGGUGUUUUAUAAACGCACACGCACACACAAAAUAUAUAUACAGCAUCUUAGCUUAAGUGAUAGCACAAGCAGCAGAUGGAUUUUGUACAUGACUUGUCAAUCAUGGGUUCAUCUUAAACAAGGAAGCUGCAAGUAAACCAGGAUCAAGUGUCUAUUGAUACAGCAUUUUAAACAUUUUCCCUUCUUAAAGCAGUUGUCAUUGUGAUCCAAAAAGGAUUGUCCCUGCACAGACAUAAGUUUCAGUUCAUGGACUUUCCUUCUUAAUGAGGUACAGCAAGUAAAAAUGGUCUGAGUAGGGGGGGAAACUUGCAUCCAGGGGUAUGCAUUGGUGUGGAACUGCACUGCUGAACCAGUGUUUGGCACUGUCAACGCCAGGGGGUCUUCUUACCUGUUUUGUGGGGGCUAAAGCCAGACUUUCCUUUCCCCCGGCAAAUGAUGGAUACAUACAAUACCAAGCACCUGUUUGGUUAGAGAGAUUCUUGCCUGCAGUAGCAUUCAGAAAGCUUACUGUUGCCAAGUGAGGAUCUCUGGAUCCUAUAACAUGAUGUAUAUUUUAGGAAUGUGUGAGGAAAAAUCUGGAAUUUCUGUUGUUCUCUUUGGUCUGUGACUAGUCUAAUGUCAAUGUCGAAAGUUCUAGUUUUACAUAAAAGUUACAAAAAUGCGAAGCUCUUUUUUAAUUUUCGAAAGAGAGAUCCAGAUUUAACACUUGAAAAGGAUAUUUUUCUGCAUUUUACCUGAAACACAAGGGCACAAAGGGAUGGGAAUUUUUGAGUUUUAGGUUGCAGUCUUGAACACAUUUACUUGAGAGUAAGCCCAGUGGACUUUGUGGAAUUUGCUCUCAUGUAAACAUAUAUGGGAUUGUGCUAUUUUGUUCCAAGCUAGCUAUAACACAAUUCUUUUAGAAAGGAUUUAGGAAGUCACUUUAGUAGUAGUAUCCUGAACUGGAAACUCUUAGGGAUAAUCUCUCUCCCUCUCUCUGUAAAAUAAAAAUGGACAGUUGUACAUAUUUGAGACUGGAAUUGUUAGCAAUGUGAAUAAAUAGCUGAGAAACCAGAAAGGUUAAAUUGAUCCUUGCAGUAAUUCUGUUAGAAUUGGCAGGUUGCAUCUUGGAUGAGUUUGAUCCUUUUUGGUUGGUGAAGUUAGGGCUCAGGAAAAAUUAAUCAUUUUAUGGCCAAAAAAACCUGACCUCAUCCUAUUAUUUUCCUAUGUGAAAUUAGUGUCCAUUAUUACUUGAUGUAUCCCCACUGCUAUAGAAUAUGAACAGUAUUCUAAACAAGCAAAACUCCUUUUCAUUCUUUUAAAACAUCUGUAACAGGGUAAAGAUGUGACUAAAAUCUAAAGAUUUCCAAAUAAUUUUAAAGCACUUUUUUCUUUCUUUCUAAGUAUUUAUAUGCCUUUUCAGUUUUAGUUUUGAUCUGCUAAAGAGGGGAUUGUUCUUAUUUUGCUUUUUUAAAGGGGUAAUUGUAAUAUCUACUGAUGUUUGACACAUUGGUAGGUACAUUGAAAACCUAAAUUUUUAUAAUAGCUUUAGGCAUUACAUUUUAUACAAUCAGCUGUGGCUAUAUUUUGAGAUGAGAACAGAAAAAUGUUACCAAGCAGUAUCAGCUGUCUUGUAUCUCACCCACUAUUAGAUUCUUGCCUGUUUGAUUCUCAGUGCACUAUACUCAACGUUUUGAAAGUUUUAUUCUCUUAACUUUUGCUAUCUUUUGCUCCUUCUUUUUUUCUUAAAAUGCUUUAGCAAGGUUUCUAUACCCUGUGUAUCUCACCAUAUUUAAAUUCAAGUCAAUUGUGUACCAAUUGAGUAGACAUGACAAUGUUUUAGCUGUCCCCAGUGGAAUACAUUAAACCUGUGAAAUGCUGGACGUCCUGUGCUUGGAGGGUGCCAUUGUUCUUGUACAUAAUGUCAUGACCUGUCAAUGUCAAAGGUUCUUAUAUAUUUCUUUUAUAAGCUGAAAGAAGGUCUAUUUUUAUGUUUUUAAGUAUAUGAAUGGAACGUUGUAAAUGCCUGUCAAAUAAAACAGUUCUGGAAAACACUGUAA